GAAUAAAGAAAAAAAAUUUCGUUCGCACGCACUUUGCGAAAUAGAAUAAAAUCGUAGGUUUUUAAAGUAUUUGGAUGCAAGUCAAAAUUAUCGGCACACCACGUGGAAUAUGAGUUUAAGUAGCAUCACAAGGCCAAGCUGGAAGGAUUGGGUGGAGCGUAAUGCCCAGCCAAAGCAGAGAUAUAUAAUUCCCAGUCGAAGUAAACCGACUCGAUGGCAGAAGCCAGGACCGAUGACCCGAGAUCAAUGGGUUAGUUUCUAUAAAUGGCUUGAGGCGAGAGGAGGAACAAAUCAUCAGAAUGCACAACCGACAACUAGACUUGAACCGAAUCCGAGUCCAAAUCGACAGGAAAGGCGUCAGGUUAUACCGGGAGUUUUCUUUUGUGUGAAUAGCCAGAUGAAGGAUAAACGAGAGAAGCGUAGACAAUUGCAGGCAAAAGUCGAGAAACUGAGUCAGCCGCGUAUAAUUCGAGAGAAAUUUGUGGCGCCACCUAUUGUACCCUUUGCCUAUCGACCACAACUUUCGUACCGCGAUCCUCCUCGUCCGGAAAUUGGACGACCCGUGCCAAAGCCACCGGUGCCUUGUUGUUUUCAGCACGAGGAUAUUGAGGCCGCAUUCUGGGCUAACAUACGAUUUCCCGUCUCGAAAAAAGCGCUAAGAGCAAAAACCACACAAAAGAUGUACGAAUUAGCCCAACCAAAGUCAUAUCCACCAAAGCCACAUUGUCCAAUCCCCAAAAAUACGAAUGAUCAGCCGCGCAAGCGAAAGAAAAUGUCACGAAAACAAUGGCGACAGCAUUUGGCCCGAAUUGAUUAUCUGUCCAUGCCAAAUCCACGUGUCCUAGCAGAGUUGCCCAGUUGUGAUUGCCGCAACUGUCUUCAGUUUAAAUCCAGAUGCGAACUAUGUGGCUGCCGAUAUAAUCAUCCAGUGCUCUGAAAUUCGAUGAAUUAAUGAAUUAUAAUUGUUUAAUUGAAAUGAUAUUUCAUUGGUUCCUCGAAUUUCAGUGCCGUGGAUUAAACUCUAUUGUUGAUAAUUCUUAAAUUGAAGAUAUGAAAAAUACAUUUUUUAUGCAUUAAAA